CACACCGGAAUUCUCCUUUAAUAUAUGAUGAUCCUCCUGUCCUAAUGUUGUCUGUGGGAGAGGAAGUGUGUAUGUGUGUGUGUGAGAGUGUGUGUGUGUGUGUGUGAGAGAGAGAGAGACAGAGAGAGAAAAAUACAAAUCAUGAACUUCUUAAGAUAGUGGCAUAUGUUGGUUGCAGGAAAAAAGUGUGUUUGUGUGUGUGUGUGUGUGUGAGAGAGAGAGAGAGAUAAAAAUCAUGAACUCCCUAAGAUAGUGGCAUAUGUUGGUUUCAGGGAAAAGUGUGUGUGACACUUCACACUUGUUUUAUCAUCCGUGUGAGUGAUUCAAGUCAAACCUAUGAUCUUGUUGUUGGCCCUUGAGCUUUUGGAACUAUUGAUUUUCUAGAUGAUCCCUUUCUAAUUGAGUCCCGUCUUAACAGGUUUACAAAGUUAAAGCGUGGAGAUGCAUACCAGCCAGAUGAAGAACAGGAUCCUGGGCCUGAUGAUGUUCAACGUCCUCCUCUUCAUCCUGGUGGACAUAUCCAUGAAGUACAGCCACGGCAGGGACCAGAACAGUAAGGUUCGAUUCCCGUCGACGCGCUUCUGGAAGAAGCUCACGGUCAGUGAGGCCUUCUGGAACCGUCGGCAGCAGCUGCUCGACCACAUACACAACCCGCUCUUCGCGUCGGCAAUCGCCGCGGGCAACGACACGCUCAUGGACGCCGCCACCAUCCCAGCGGGGAUACUCGCCUGGAUAAACGACACGAGUCCCGAAGACCCCUGCGCACCUGACCACAGCGUGGCGUCGAGAGUGAAGGACUACGAUCAGCUGCCGCAGCGCUUUAAGGACUUCCUGCGGUACAUGCGGUGCCGGUCCUACCCCAUGGUGCUGAACGUGCCGGACCUUUGCCAGGAGCCCCCGUUCCUGCUCCUGGCGGUGAAGUCCCUGUCGCCCCACUUCGACCGGCGCCAGGCAAUCCGCCAGUCCUGGGGCCGCGCGGGCACGUUCGCGGGGCAUAAGGUCGUCACGGUGUUUCUCCUCGGCAACGCCGCGUCGACGGAUCACUUCCCGGACCUGUCGGGGAUGGUGCAGCAUGAGUCGGCGCUCCACGGCGACAUCCUCCAGUGGAACUACCGUGACACCUUCUUCAACCUGACCGUCAAGGAGGUUCUCUUCCUGGAGUGGCUCCACCACAGCUGCCCCGGCGUCAGCUACGUCUUCAAAGGCGACGACGACGUCUUCGUCAACACACACCGCAUCCUGAACUACCUGGGCGGGCUCCGGCGCUCCAAGUCCCGGGACCUCUUCAUCGGCGACGUGAUCACGGGUGCCGGUCCGCACCGCAACAAGAAGCUAAAGUACUACAUCCCCGAGAGCGUCUUCCAGGGCAACUACCCACCGUACGCUGGCGGAGGGGGAUACAUCUACUCGGGCGACGUGGCUAUGCGGCUCUACAACGCCUCGCAGAAAGUCUCGUUGUACCCCAUCGACGACGUCUACACGGGCAUGUGCCUUCAGAAAAUCGGCCUGCUGCCAGAGAAGCACAAGGACUUCAAGACAUUUAACAUUGAUGAGAAGUACCGGGACAAUGCUUGCAUCUACAGCGCUCUCAUGCUUGUCCACAGUCGGACUCCACAGGAAGUUAUCCAAAUCUGGUCCUGGUUACAGGACCCUGGCCUGAGAUGUCAGGCUGUGACAAAGGUUGUUGGAUAAGACUUGCUAACAACUUUUUUAGUCUUUUAAGUUUGCUGGCAGAACCCACCCCCCCCCCCCCAAAAAAAAUAAAAAAAAUAAACCAAAGUAAACUCUUUCAAAAACUAUAAACUUCUGAUGAUAUUGAUGUGUUUGUCAGUGAUUGCAUGGCAUAGCAGAGGAAAAACAACUGUGAUCUGGACUCUAAAAUAUAUGUUGUUAGGGUACGUUCAGACUUAGCAUCUUUUUCUGACAAAAGAAGUUAUGCAGACCGCUUUUUCAGUUUGAAAAAAAAAAUCUGCCAGCGGUCUUGUUCCAAAAAGCAGCCGGAAGCGUCUUUUUGCGAUAGACAAAGUGACUAACGUUUAGCCAAGAAAUCUAGACGCGCCCCUAGCGGCAGCGAAUUACAUUUGCUGCCAGGGCUAGUCUAGCAACUCUCCGUUGGCUUGUGAGCUCCAUAAAUCGAAACUUAAUCAGGCCAAUGAAA